AUGAAAAUGAAACUAACUUUGUGUUGUACUGACACACAUAUGCUUAGUAAGCAGGUUGAAACAAAGUUUGAGAUGUUAUUAGAAGAAUAUAAUUCAGAAAAUUUGAUUUUGAUUGGUAUGCCGUUGGAAAAAUUGCCAUUGAAUUGUGACGGGUUACCACUUAUUGUAGAAAAUAUAAAUGAUUAUAUAAUUGACAAAGGAUUAUAUGAAGAAUGCCUAUUUGAUGAAGCUUAUUCUACUAAUGGACGUAAAGCCAAUAUUAUAAAUGCUUAUGAAUUAGUAAGUGGUUCAAGGAAAAGUAGUAAAACAAUCCUAGAUAUUGAUGCAGUAGAUGUUGCAUCAGUGUUGGUAAUGUGGCUUUACUACUUACCAGAACCAUUGAUAUCCUCAAAACAAUUUUCAAUGAUUUGUGAUCUCAAUGUCAAUACAAAAUACAGUGAAAUUAUUAAUUCCAUGGACAAUAUAAACAGACUAACUUUACAAGGAGUAAUGAAUAUUGUGGAUUCUUAUGAAAAGCAACAUAAGUCAUAUAAGAAGAAACUAGAAAUUCUUUUCACACUGCUUUUGACAAAACAUGUAGAUAUUGUUGGUCAAAAUAAUUCAUCACAUUUUUUAGACAAUUUGAAGAUUGUUUUGAUGGAAGCAGAAGUAAAUGAUAAUGAAUCGGAAUGUAUUGGGUUCAACAAAAAAUCUUUAAAAAUAAAAUAUAAUACCAAUCAUGAUAAAAAUGAAUUUAAUCUAUGUAACAAGAAGAAUCUAUUUCGCAGGUCGUUCAGUGAUGAUGGAUUACAUAUAAAAACUGGUGCGGAUGAUGUUGAUGCAACAGUGAAAUGUCCAGCUUUGCUAAAAUCAAGUAGCUGUAACCUGACUGAAGCCUUUUUGGAAGAGGAUGUUCUUUACAACAACUCAUUUAUCAAUAGUUUUUCAUUUGAUAAGAAUAAUUUAAACACUAAACCAGUUGAUAAAUUAUUGUCUGAUGAUAAUUUUUAUGAUGAUAGUUCAGUUUCUGUUACUAAUGAGUUGUACAGUUCCCAAAUUGAUGACAUGAGAAGUAUAGAAAGGACCAUGCAGAUUCAUUCAAGAACUACCAUGAAAAAACCAAAAAAUAAGUCUAUUAAAAAUCAUGUAGAAAGGGUUUUGAAGUCAGGAUUUUUAUCAAAUGAAGAAAGUUUGCUGUUGAAGAACACUUUAGAACUUAUGAAGAUACUAUCAAAAAUUAAAAGUGUUCAAAAUCAAAUUAACAUUCAUAGAAGACAUAGAGAAGAUGAAUUUGGUUGUGAAAAUGAAAAGACCAACAAACGUUUUUCCGAUUUGCAUUUUUUAAACAAUCGCCUUGAGCAAUUAGCGAGUCAGAAAAAUAAUUAUUUAACCAGAACUGGAUUAUCAUAUGGUAGAUCAUACAACCGUACAGUUUUGAAUCUUAAAAAUGCCCAAAAAGAAGCUUUUAAGUUACACGAAAAUGAGAAAAAUAACAAGAAAAAUCCAAACGAAAACUUUGAUAAAUUAAUUUCUGAUAUUUACAAUAUUCAAAUAGUUCUCGAUUAUUUGGAAAAUAAUUGUGGUGGUAAGGAGUUGCCCUGGAGGUCAAGUAAAGGUUGUCCAGGUCACAAGAGAAUGAAAAAAAAACAGCUGAACUGUGUAACUGUUGUGUCUGAUUUACAAACAAUUAGUGAGCACGAAGUCAUGGAAACUAUAGCCCAGCCAUUAUUUAAACCAGUGGAACAGUAA